AUGAAGCUUACCAACUUUGUCACCAGCACACUAUUUGUCCUUAUGGCCUCCCAACCACGAGGAAGCCCUAAUAUGAAACCACAUAAUAUCUCAAUCAAUUUGGAUUUAGAUAACUAUCUCAUCAACGCUACUACUACCCCCUCUAAAAAGUACUACCCCAAUGCUAACAUGUGCAGUCUGAUAGCUCAGAAAAACACAGCUCGGGCGGUCAUAGAUGCUUACAAUGCUUGGGAUAUCGAAGCCAUUCUUGCGUAUCAGUCCCCUGAUUGCGAGCAUCGAGUACUACCCGCCUCUAUAAACCGGGCUGCGAAGAGCAAUGACGAAUACCGCACCUACUUAAACAAGAUCAUGCCUCAGUAUUCGAACUUUACGGUUACGGUAAUGGAGGAGACACAUGAUGCUAGGGCACAUAAAUGUAUCAUAUAUGCGUCCAGUACGGCACAAACAAAGAUCGGGCUAUAUGCGAACGAAUAUGCAUUGAUUUUGACUUUCACGGAAGACGGGACAAAGGUCACUAAAUUUGAUAAGUUUAUCGACUCAGCGUACUCCCAGCAAUUUGUCGCAGCGCUAGCAAAAGAGGAACCUAUUCAGUAG